AUGCAAUCGCCAAAGGAAGUCGGGGUUGCGAUCACCAGCGACGACAUCGACAUCGAAGCCGAGUCCACGAUCAGGACCAGGACCAGCACGAGCGCCAGCGAUCCCCAGCAAUCAAAGGCCCAACGAACACGAACCCACUCACUCCUAAACGGCCGCUUCGCCCUCGAAUCCCUCGCCCUCCUUAUUUCCGCCGCCCUCCUCAUCGCCAUCGUCGCCGUCCUCGCGACCUACAACGGCACCCCACAGCCAAACUGGUCCUACAUGUCGCUGAACGCGCUGAUCUCGUGGCUGAGCACGGCGUCAAGGGGACUCAUCCUGUAUUCAGUGUCCGAGGGGCUAGGGCAGUUGAAAUGGGUGUGGUUUGCGCGCGGGCCACGUCCACUCCUCGAUCUGAGGGCAUUUGACUUUGCGAGUCGGGGGCCGUAUGGGGCGCUUAGGAUGAUUUGGCGUGUAAAGGGGUGUUAUAUGGCGGCCUUGGGUUGUGGCGCCGUGAUCCUGGCGCUGGGGUUUGAUCCCUUCGCGCAGAAUCUGAUUGCUUAUCAGCAGCGGAUGGUGCAGCAGGAUGGUGAUGGGUCGGGGCAGAGUGCGCAGGCGCUUGUGGCGAAUGUCUCGAUGUACGAUGCGGUUGGGUUUCGGUAUGCGAGUAAUACAUUCGGCGUCGACCCGAUCCUCAAAUCCAACGUGUACAACUCCGUCUUCAACAGCGACCGCGCAAAACCAUGGUCCAUCCCACAGUACAUCUGCCCCAGCGCAAACUGCACCUGGGCCCCAAUCGCGUCCCUCGAAGCUGUCGCUCUAUGCUCGAACAUCACAACCAGACUCUCGAUGUCCUGCAUCGCAAUCCCCGAGAAUACCAGCUACGCCGGAAUGACGAACUGCACCGUCUCCCUCCCAAAAUCAAACCUGACAUCAUGGUUCCUCGAAUCACCGGCCCAAACCAACGGUGCAAAUAAGUAUCAAAUCCCCAUGAUCAACGGCGUGACUUUAUCCGCAGUAAAAGCAGACCUCGCAUCCGUGUACACAAACGCAAGCAUGAGCCCCAUCCAAUUCAUCACGCCGCGCCUGCCGAAUAACUCUCUGCUCGAGACGGCCCCAUCAACGGACUUUUCUCUUUGGGACGGCGCAAACGAUCUGCGCAUGUGGGAUGCAACAGAGUGCGCCAUUGAGCCCGUUGUGCGUGCGUCACGCCCAAGUGUCACACAUAACGUUUUCUCCGAUGAGACGCUGGAUAUCGCGUACGCGCGCACCUGGGUGCCCGAGUACACCUACACAAAUACCAGCGGCGCCUGGGAGAAGCAGGGUGCGCCGGGCUGGCACUUCAGCCCGCCAUCAUCGUGGAAAACGGAGCUGGGCAUUGAACACGAUACAUAUAUCUUCGGCGCUCAGGCGAUGUACACUCUCGAGAAAUUCCUCGAGAUCCUGUUUUCCGGCCAGUUCUGGCGCGACCCGCUACAUCAGGCGUUUACGGCGACGAACCCGCAGAGCACGAUGUAUGCUGCUGCGGAUGUGCUGCAGGCUGUUGCGCUGGGUGAUAUUGCGGGGUGUGGCGUUGAGCUUGCGGGCAGACUGGCUUGUGCCAUGCGGAAUGUUGCCGGCGCGAUUUCAAAGAGUUGGAGGGAUAGUGUGUAUAUUGAGACGUCGAGGGAGGUCGGGGACUUUGAGAAGGCGGGGAUGGCGAGGGGGAGGGUAUUGGUUGGUGUGACAUUUGUGGUUGUGCAUUGGCAGUGGAUUUGUCUGCCGGUGUUGGUUUGGGCGUUGGGGAUUGGGGUUCUGCUUGGGGUGGUUUGGAGGACGGGUAAGGGGGUGCCCAGGUGGAGGAAUGAUCCGCUGCCGUUGCUUUUUGUUUAUGACGUCGAUGCAGACCGUGAUGGGGAGAGGCUGGAGAGGGAGAUACUGGAGAAAGGGGCGGCGGGUUCUUGUGGUAUGGAGAUGGAGGGAGUACAGGCGAGGUUAUCUGAGAAGGAUGGGUACUUUAGGCUGGGGUGA